AUGACUGGGAUUCUAACCCGUUACCAAAGCUUUAAGAAGAGGGGGCUAUUAACCCUUGGAAUUGUCCAAGAGAAACUUCCUUCAGAACACAGGGAUGUCUAUAAUGCUGAUGAGCUGACAGGAAUUAUCCAUCGGCAACUUAAAGAGGAAAACAUGAACAUGCUAGAUGCUACUGCUCUCGAUCAGCUGGAACAUGAUUUGGAUACCGCUCUCCAACAUAUCAAAAUGAGAAAGACACAGCUAAAAAUGGAAAUGGUGAAGGCCCUGCAAGAUAAGAAUAUGCAGCUAAAGAACGAGAACGAUUCAAUGAUACAGGCGAUAAAUGCAGCAAGGAUAAAUGAUAAAAGUGACGACUCUAGUGACGCUGAACAGCCACAACUUCCAGUGAGGGUCAUCUGGUGAUGGAUAAUAUAUAUGAAACGCAUAAUUACCCCCUAACAUAUAUAUAUGUGUCAUAUAUGUACAAGUGUUGCACUUGUUUUUAAGAUGUAAAUUGUAUGUAGUGUGAAUCCAUGUCUCAACUGGAGAUGUUGGUCAGAAGGUCUGA